AUGAUCAAUGAAAUCAACAUAGUCUUUCUCAGUCAACUUCUGAAUAAUAUUCAUUUAUCUCAAUCUCACAUCGACGAAGCUGCUCGCUUCUAUGUCAGGCACAGCCACGAUCAAAAAUCUCAGCAAUCUCUUUGCGAAGAAUGGAGCAACCAUUUCCAUUUUGCCAAAGGAAAUGUCGACGGAGACAAAGUCAUCGUCUCACUACUCUACAUGGCACAAAGAGUAAUUGAGUCUAUGAUCAAAUUUGAAGGAACAUGUAAAUUUACAACUCACAAUUUAGACUACUUAAUGAGUGAAGCAUUCAAAAAGUAAAUAGUCAAGGCUUUUGUUAUACUUAAAGAUUACAAUUGGACCCAAGAUCUAAAACAACAAAUCAAGGACCUCAUUAGACAAUGGGAAGAAAAACAACUCUUCAAUAAAUCAGAAGUUUAGAAUAUGCUAGAAAUCAUAGAACCAACCAAAAUGAGCAAAGAAAAAAUGAAGAAUCAAUUUGCUCCACCUUUGUUCCUUAUUGAGUUCGCCAAAAACUAUAGAGUAAGUAAUCUUAGCACUACUUAUUUUUAAGGAAUUAUAAAUUCGCUAAUAAAAAGUCAAUAAAUUUGAAAUGAGCCUCGAUGAACUUAUCAAUUACGGGGCAUAAGACAAAAUUAACUUGUACAAUUCCUUAUUAGAUCAAUAUUCCCAAUCAGUUGAAAAUCUACAGAAGUAUAGACAACUUGUUAUCAAAGACAUUCUAGAUAAAUUGAAGGAAUUAGAUAAAAUCCAUUCCAAAAGCAUUAUUGACUUAAAAUAUCUUGCAAUGAGGGUCCUAGAAUUGAAAAGAAGAAGGGAAAAGAGAAUACAAAAUGAGUACUACCACGAAUAAUGA